AUGGUUAGUCCUGUGGCCAUGCACCUUCAGGGCGGAAGAGAUGAAGUGAUACAUUGUAUCUCUCUCCGCUCGAGCUGUAACAGCGCUUCCGCUCACGAGCAGCUCUCGAGCCAUGGUGUCGCCGCGGGAGGCCGGAGCGCGAGCGGGUGUGUGUGUGUGUGUGUGUGCGCGGCCCUCCUGUGGGGCUCCCUGGGGUCCGCCUUCAACCCCAGUCAGGACAGCGAGCUCACCUUCAUCCUCAACCCCGGAACCACCGAGUGUUUCUACCAAACCGCGCAGUACAACAGCUCCCUGGAGGUCGAGUACCAGGUGAUUGCCGGAGCAGGUAUGGAUGUGGACUUCUCUAUCAUCUCUCCUCAUGGCGUCCACCUGGCCUCAGAGUUUCGCCGCUCUGAUGGAGUUCACAUGGUGGAGCCCACUGAAGCAGGAGACUACCAGAUCUGCUUCGACAACAGCUUCAGCCGCUUCUCUGAAAAGAUGGUGUUCUUCGAGGUCAUUCUGGAGAACGCAGGAAAUGAUGCAACAGCUGAGGAAGAGUGGGCGGGCCUUGGAGAGCCUGAGAACCUGCUGGAGUACAAGCUAGAGGACAUCCGGGAGUCGAUCGAGUCGAUGCACCGUAACCUGGAGCGGAGUCGGCAGAUGCAGACGGUUCUGAGGGCGUUCGAGGCUCGAGACCGUAACCUCCUGGAAGACAACCUGUGGCGCGUCUCCUUCUGGUCCUGUACCUCUCUGGUGGUUAUGCUCGCCGUAGCCGUCACUCAGGUUUACACGGUACGCCGCCUCUUUGACGACAAGAGGAAGGUCAGAUCCUGAGGACACGCCCCCCUGAGGACACGCCCCGGGUAACUGGUUGAACUGGUGGAAGGCCGGUUCGACCCUGGACGUGACUCGUACAGGCCAGUUUGGGGAAAUUUUUGCAUUCAAGUGCCUUAUUCAAGCAAGCGGUGUCAGCUGCAGGAUCUUUAUUCAACUGAGAGGAAGAGACUGUCCUGAGCAGCACCAUAUUUAUCUGCUUUAUCGUGAAUAACACGACGGCUGUGAUGGGGUCACAGGGGAUACAGUCACGGCUGGGGUGAUGUUCAUGAUAAUGCACCAACUCGAAUGUUCAAUCAGCUUUUAUACAAUGUUUAUUCAAAGUUUCAAAAAUGCUUUUUAAUAACAAGAGGUCUAUUGCUGAAAACACAUUAAUAAACUGUAAUAAUAAUAAUAAUAA